AUGUCUCUUGAUAACUUUUUUGCGUCUACUGCAUCGAGCAAAAAGAAGAAAGGAGGUCGGAAAGCUGGGGCUAAUGCUAGCAUAGCCGCAGCUAAUCAAAACGACCAAGACGAUGUGGCUGAAGACAUGGAGCAGGGCUGCACUGUGAGCGAUGUGGAAGAAGCUAACACUCUAAAAGAAGACAUCAUAGAAUAUCGAAGAAAUAAUGGACAGAAAAAAAAGUUUGAUAGUAUGACGCGGCGAAUGGCUGCCGCUGAGCAGCGCAUCUCUGAUCUGGAAGACGCAACAACGAGAAGCGCGCCAAGGAUUGACAGCAUGGAGAAAACUAUUGGAAAAACACUGGAAAGGCUGGACAGCAUCGAAAACCAAAGCAGGCGCCAGAACAUUAAGAUUAUGGGACUAAAAGAAGGCAUCGAAGGCAGAGAACCGGCGGCUUUUUUCGAGGAGUGGAUUCCUAAAGUGCUGGGACUGCAGCAGACACAGAUCAAAAUCGAAAGAGUGCACCGCACCGGACCCCCGGCCGGACGAAGGGACCCAGACCACCCACGGGCAGUCCUGGUGAGACUCCACAACUACAUCGAUAAACAGAAGAUUCUCAACGCUGCAAGGAAUAAAGGAAUAAUUCAAGUAGAGGAUCGCAGAGUGUCCUUUUACCAGGAUUUUUCUGCGGAGAUUGUCAGAAAGCGACAGGAGUCCGCAGGUGCUCGGCGUCAGCUGCGAGAGGCCGGUGUGAAGCUGGCAAUGCAUCCGCCCAGACCAUUGGAUCGCACAGCCUCAUGGAGGUUAAACAGAUUGCUGCUGCUAAAUGAAGAUUUUACAAAAUUGCUAGAAGAGCAGACAGACAUCUUUCUAGAAUUCAAUGACAAUAAUAAUACUGACCCCAGAUUGAUAUGGGAUGCUUAUAAGGCAUAUAUGCGGGGUAUAAUAAUAUCAUAUUCCAGUCGUAAGAGGAAAGAACAAUUAGCCGAACAAAAUAAAAUUGAAAACAAAAUUAAAAAAUUGGAAGAGGAAUAUAUUUUAUCUAAAUCUGGUAAAAUUCUAGGGGAACUCAAAACAACCCGGGCCUCACUAUCUGAUCUGAUAACAAAGAAAGCUGAAAAGGAUAUAUUAUUUGCACGGCAAAAGUUCUUCGAACACGGUAACAAACCAAAUAAAUAUUUGUCAAGAUUAGUAAACAAAUCACCUGGCACGAACUUUAUAUCCUCAAUUCAGGACGAAAGUGGUCAUCGUCAUAUGGAUAACAGACGCAUAAAUGAAUGCUUUAAGCAGUUUUAUGAAAAAUUGAAACCUAAAAUUAAAAUGGAGGUUUUACAACUUCCCAGAACCUUGGGUGGAUGGGGUCUGCCCAAGGUUGAGAACUAUGUACUGUCUAUACAUGCAAGAACUAUUUCACAGUGGGCUAUCCAAAAACACGCUAAUCCAUGGCUCGAGAUUGAGGAAAGUGUCUGUAAACCUUGUCGCCCUAUAAAUAUGCUAAAUAAACAAAACAGAGAACUACCACUCAUGGUAAAAAAUAAUUUUUUAAUUACUAACACAAUUAAGGCAUGGGGCAUUUUGAGGAAAUUGUUUGGUCAGAACAAAAAUUUUUCGUCUCUGACAACACUUGUAGAUAAUCUGGAUCUGACAGUAGAGGGCGCUGGACCUGAUCUCAGGGACUUUAAAGUGUUCAACAGGAGGAACCAGAUCCUGCUGAUGAGUCAGCCAGAGAGAGGACAUCAGACCGAGGCGAUCUGGUGA